UGCUCUCAGGGCUCUUCGAGGGCUUUAUGCAGGGAGCGCGGCUUGUCAUGGGUGUGUGAAUGUGAAUAGGGAGGGGGUAGGAGCCUUCUCUCUCUCUCUCGCUCUCUCUCUCUCUCUCCCCCUCCCCCUCCCCCUCCUUGUGAAUGGAGCAGACGGAUCCUUGGCUUCUUGACGGUGGUGGGAAAACAUAGCAGAUGAUUGGUUAUCGGGCCCCAGUGACACAGAUCAGUGGAGUCAGGAAAACUGUGUGCUAAGAGAGGCAACUUCAUCUACUUAGCUCACUUCAGCUCUACUGCAGUACAGAGCUAGAAAGAGGAAGUAAAAAAAAAAAAAGAGAGAGAGAAAGACGGACAGACAGAGAGACAAGCGGACGGACGGACGGACGGGGAGAGUGAUAGAGAGACUCUUUGCCUCCCAACUAACACUUGCCGUGUUGUCUGAUGCAUGUUUCUAUGUUCCUUACAAAAGCCUUUUUUUUGCAAUGCUGUGCACUCAGCCCUACAUAGGCUGCAGAGCUAGCCCAAAUUCGCAACUCUGCUUGGCUCCAAAUUGCGGGGUAAUUAAAGUGUACAAUGAGGACAACACCAGCAGGGCAGUGGAGGUUCCACAUGACAUCACUGCUCGGGACAUAUGCCAGCUAUUUGUCUUGAAGAACCAUUAUGUUGAUGACCACAGCUGGACUCUUUUCGAGCAUCUCUCCCAUCUCGGCAUUGAGCGAACCAUUGAAGACCAUGAGUCUGUUAUGGAGGUGCUAUCGGGCUGGGGGAUGGACACAGACAACCGGCUGUAUUUUAGGAAGAACUACGCUAAAUACGAAUUCUUCAAGAAACCCCUGGAGUUCUUCCCAGAUCACAUGGUCUCAAUAUCCAAUGAAACCAAUGGGACGAUGAAUCAUUCUCAGCUUAUACAGUUGUUUCUCUAUACAACACAGACCUUUCUAAACUCCAGCACUUGUCCAGAGAUCCAUGGACACCUUCAUGCCAAAGAGCAAGGCAGGAAGUCCUGGAAGAAGUUCUACUUUGUCUUGAGGAGGUCAGGGCUUUAUUUCUCCAAUAAGGGAACUUCCAAGGAACCAAGGCAUCUGCAGUUUAUUGCCGAGUUCAGUGAAAGUGAUGUGUACACCCUGUUGUCAGCCAAAAAACUGCACGGAGCACCCACAGACCAUGGCUUCUGUGUCAAGUCAACGAAGGGAGGCUCGGUCCGAGACCUGAAGCUGCUCUGUGCAGACGAUGAGCAGACCAGGACGUGUUGGGUCACUGCCAUGCGUCUUUUUAAGAACGGGAUGCAACUGUACCAAAACUUCAUUCAGCCACACCAGAGACAGAAAGCUUCGCCAAUGAGAAGUAUCUCGGAAAACUCACUGGUGGCCAUGGACUUCUCCGGCCAAAAGAGCAGGGUGAUUGAAAACCCGUCUGAGGCGCUGUCUGUGGCGGUGGAGGAAGGCCUGUCAUGGAGGAGGAAAAGCUGCCACCGGCUGAGCUCCCACGGGAGUCCCUCCACAUCGCAGAGCUCGAUGUCUAACAUAGCUCUCCAUUUGGCCCAGCCCUGGUUUCACAGCAAACUGUCUCGGGACGAGGCUCACCGUCUGAUCACUCAGCAGGGUCUUAUUGAUGGCGUGUUUCUUCUGAGAGACAGCCAAAGCAAUCCAAAGACGUUUGUACUGUCACUGUGCCACACGCAGAAAAUCAAACACUUUCAGAUCUUACCUGUGGAUGAUGAGGGGGAGUUGUUCUUCAGCCUGGACGACGGUCACACACAGUUCACUGACCUGAUCCAGCUGGUGGAGUUUUACCAGCUAAACCGGGGCGUUCUGCCCUGCAAGCUCAAACACCACUGUGCCCGGGUCACCCUAUGAGCAAGCGUCCCAAGGGACCCAGGGGCCCACAUGCACCUUAUCCACAGGGUCUCUCUGGACAAGCACUCCCAGUGUUCCUGUGCCUUGAAGGAGGAGGACACGUCGACGUAGUCAGCAGCUAUGCUCGGAACUGAAACCACUGUUAUCAUCCACCCGUGUCCGUUUUCACAAUGUCGUUACUAGCUUUCAAUGUUUUCUUUCAUUUUAGCAAAAGAUGAAAUUGAUUUUUGUUUUCUUUGGGAGAAAAUUGGUACAGUGCUGUAUCAAAACUGACCACGUGUUGCAGGAUUUGUGUUGAAGAAAAUGAGUGUACUGUACUAAAGGCUUGUCUGGUGAACACGUAGAUUUUUUUUAAUCUUUGGCCCUACUGGUGAUCACAGAUGUGGUGACAAAUCCAGAGCUCACAGACUGGCGUGGUGUGAAGUCCAAACUUGAGUUAUUGUACUGUAUAUAUAUAUAUAUAUGUAUAUAUAUAUACAUAUAUAUAUAUGUUGAGAGCUGAUUUUUGUAUGUUCAUGGCUCGUGCGGACAAUGCAGCAUCUACACACAAACGAACAAGACUCUGAUGGAAAACAUCAUCGCCGUCUUCUGACACUUUUCGGCGACGGCGUUUCAAUCAAAUGCCGACCGCCACAUGUGGCACAGCCGUGGCUCUUGUUUUCUUAAAGGCGGCCAAAGCUGACAUUUUAAUUUGGACGAGGGCGACGUUGUCUAUUUUAAACCACGCCAUGCUGGGAAUUGUUGUACACAAAAACCAUGUCCUUUAUUCUCUGGGUAACACUAAGCUAUAUUGCCUUUUUUUUUUUUUUUGACGACGUUGUAUCUCUAAGUAUUCAGGUAUUUUUAAGAAAAUUUAAUUGUCAUUUUCUAUUUGAGUGAUCUGAUGACCUUCUGAGCAGGUGUCACUGUGCUGGAGCUGGACGGAGACUGCUGUAGAGGACAGAAAAGAGGGACAGGUAGACGCAGAACUUGUACGCAACCUCACUAGUCUGCACUGUAUGCUGAAAUGAAAGAUAUAUUUUACAUUUAAUUAUUUGUAAGCAUACACGGUGAAAUAUGUGACUCAGAUUUAAACCGUAAAAUGUUAGCUGGCGAUCAAUCGUGACUGAUUUUGAUGGUGUGUGAAAUCAUUGUACAUUGAAAUUUGUGUUUUAUAUGAACUUUUGUAAGAUUCAGGUGCACAACGGGGACGACCGGGGUUGGCUGUGUGUUGCUGUCGUUAGCACUGCUGUGGGUGCACAGUGGCCAAGGCUGUUGCUUCAUUUGUGAAAAGCCGAUAACGCAUCACAUUUCACACACGAAAUGUCUUGAGACAAAUUUGUACUGUAUCGCACAUUGACAUGAGCGCCGCCGCCGAGACGUGUUAGUGAAGGAGUUCAUUUGUUCCCGCCGGAGGACAGUGUAUGAACAAUGAAUGUCACGGACUGCAAUGUUUUAUAAAGAAGAAAAAAAA